GAGGCCGCCAUUUUGGACAGAGAUUCCCGAAUGAAUGGUUUUUCUGCAAGAAAAUGCCAAUAAAAGUCGAUUUAGAUCCUCCGCCACCAGCAAAUUCUGUUCAGCCUGGAAUUCAAACUACUCUGUUGUACAGUGGUUCAAAAUUUCAGGGUCACCAGAAGAGUAAAGGCAAUAGUUACGAUGUAGAAGUUGUGUUGCAGCAUGUGGACUUGGAAAAUUCUUACCUGUGUGGGUACCUUAAAAUAAAAGGACUUACUGAAGAAUAUCCAACACUCACUACAUUUUUCGAUGGCGAGAUAAUCAGCAAAAGGUAUCCAUUCCUGACAAGAAAGUGGGACGCUGACGAGGAUGUAGACAGAAAACAUUGGGGAAAAUUUCUUUCUUUUUACCAGUUUGCAAAAACUUUCAACUCAGAUGCAUUCGAUUAUGAUGAACUGAGGAACACAGAUUUUAUAUUCAUGAGAUGGAAGGAACACUUUUUAGUGCCAGACCAUACCAUCAAGGACAUCAGCGGUGCUUCUUUUGCAGGAUUCUAUUAUAUUUGUUUUCAAAAAUCCACAGCAACGAUUGAGGGAUAUUACUACCACAGAAAUUCUGAAUGGUACCAGUCAUUGAACUUAACACACGUGCCAGAACACAGUAUAGCUGUCUAUGAAUUCAGAUGAGAUAUCAUGGGAGGAGUAGUGAGAUUGGAAGCAAGGACUGUAGGGAGGUGAUAGAAUGUCACACCGGUGCUUGUGUCCUUUUUCAUUUUUCGGAAAGUCGGGAAAAUUAAGAGGCUGCUGUUUAAGGAAUCAAUUCAAACACCAUGAGGUUAUAGCUAAAAUGUAGGCCAAAAGUGAGGCGGCAGCCAAGGUUUUGGUUUUGACAGCUUCCCCAAGCAGUGUUUUGUGAGACAACCAAUACACACUGUGAGGUAUCAAUUUCUAUUCCGAAACACCUAAACUGGAUAUAUAUGUUAUUGUUAGGCAUAAUAAAGCAAUAAUGUGCUUUUGGCACAUUUUAUACCCAAGAGGUUGUGGUUGUCUCACUUUAAAACCUUUGCUGUCAAAAGGAGUAGGGAACUUUACAAUUUACAACAGCCUAUUGGGUCUGACAUUUUCACAUUUUGUCUCUAUUGGCAUGGGGUAGACAAGUCUUUAGUGACAUGGUAUUGAAUGUGUAUGAUAAUGGGAUUAUUACAGUUUAAGUGGAUUUUGGCUAUUUUAUUAAAAAUAGAUGAAGUUUAUAUGAUGGCAUUACCUAACUGAUGUUUUUUUUUAAUAAAAGCACGUUUUUUUGUGUUUAUGGCGUCUGACAACUUAACACUUUAUAAGUGUUAUUUUGUGCACUAGCAUAGUGAUUUAUUGAAAUUCCACUUGCUCCAAAUUGACCUAAAAUAGAAGUCUGUUUAUUAGCCCUGUUUGCUUGGUAUUGUUUUGCAUUGUAUUGUGGUAUUUCCAGAGAAUGGACUAUGGAAUAGUUUUUGUAGUAUUUUUAUCUACGAAGUUGUAACUUAUUUAUAUGUAUAUAUGUGCAUUAAUAAUUCGUAAUGUUACUGUUGAACAUUUGAAUCUGUAAAUUUUUAUUUUUAUGUUAAGUCAUCCUACCCUACCGUAUACUGUACAUAUUUGUAUAUGUUAUAAUGUGGUUCUUAGAGGACAUGUUCUCAACUUCAGCCACUCUGUCGUAAGCUACUAACUGUGCUGUGAAUGUGUUUCACAACAUUGGUGACACAAGCACAGCUAUUUUCCGAAUCUGGAAAUUUCGGGAAAGAAAAAUGGUCUUGAACUGCAAUCAUCAACCUGCCUCAAAAACAACUCUCUCAGUUUUGAUCAAAUUGUGAUAAACGGAAAUCUGACUAAAUUUGGCUCAAUAUUGGCUCUUUAGACAAUUACUGGGUGAUUUGUGUUGCAGGGGUAAACCGGGGCACCAUGAGGAAACCCAUGCCAUCAAAGCGUCACCCUUUCUAUGUCAUAUGUCCUCAAUCACAUUGCCAGGAAUCAAAUGCCUCUGAGGGAAACAUGUGCUGUUAUUUUCACUGUACCACUCUGCCAGCCCUGGUUGUCUGAUCCGUAGUUGUUCAAAUUUCAAAACUGUUCUAUGUAUAAUAGUGUAUAUUUCAUUUUAAAAAAACCCAAUAAUUAUCUUUAUGGCAGAGUGGCUUAUCGGAAGAGAAUGAGUCAAGUUAGUUUAAAUAUAAAAUCCUUCUCACCCUCAUCGCUGUAAAAAGUGUUGCAUUCUAUUUGAUAUCUCUUAUUGAAAUAUUGAAAUAUAUAUAUGACCCAUCACACCAAAUUGGUUGGUAAGCCUAGUUUGAUCGAGCAAUCACUGACAAGAAAUAUGUCAAUUUUGAUUCACUUUCAGAUUUUGAAGCUAACUCUCUUUCGAUUUAUGACAACUGUUUGUACCAAAAAGUAUACAGUGCUUUCUCCAGAAGAGGAAGAACUGCGCUCACUAAAAAUAUGUAACAAAUCUUUGAUUGUUUAUAUAGCUGUAACAAAUCUUUGUGUUCUAAAUACAGACUUCAUAAUCUACUAAUCUUAUUAAUCAAUGUAAAAAACAAAUACAGUUUACCACCUAUUAAUUUUGGUAGAAUCGAGUUGUCAAAAAGCACCUUCAUGAUAAUGAUCUACUGACACUAUUGAUGUCCCAGUUUUCUCAAACCUCCCAAAACAAUUGACUUGCUCAAAAUGAACAUGAAGUGUAGGUUAUAAAUACUUGCAGCAUUGUUUGAAAAACAAAUUAAAAUUGAUGAAAUUUGACAAAUGUGUUAUCUGUUAUUCAU